AUGCUAUUGGUCUUCAUCAAGAUGGACCCAUCAAAAGGAUUAUGUAUUGGAAUCUAUGUCAAGACUUGUAGCUCCUGGUGGACUAUUGGUGCUAGAGGAAAAAGAAGAGAAGAUAGCCCCAAGAACUUUGCUUGGAACUAUACAUACAUUGGGAAGGGGUCAAGAGGUGAUGUAACCAUAUUGCCCACACUUGUGGUUAAUAAUGGACAAUACCGAGGUAAGUUAGAAAACGGUGUUGUUUUGAAGGCCAUUUGCUCUGGUUUUGAAGAAAAAACUGAGCCUGCUGCUUGUCUUAGUGAUGGUGUGGAAACAAACGAGUGCUUGGAGAAUAAUGGUGGUUGCUGGCAUGAUAAAUCCGCCAAUGUCACUGCAUGCAAGGAUACAUUUCGUGGGAGAGUUUGUGAGUGUCCUUUGGUUGAUGGAGUACAAUUCAAAGGAGAUGGGUAUACCUCAUGUGUAGAGUGUAAAAAGCUUGCAGAUGUUCACUUUUCCCUCAUUUGA